ACCUCCACCUCGUCCCUCUUCUUCUUCUUCUUCCUCCUCCUUCCCGUCCCGCCUCCCCCCACUCCUCCUCGCGCGCCUAAUCCUCCCUCUGAAUCUUCGUACCCCACUCCUCGUCGUGCAAUCCACCACCAGCUGUUUUUUUUCUUUUUUGUUUUGCCUCGGGCGUCGCAACUGUUGUUCCUCUGGGAGUGGCGGCAAUUUUGGGCUCGGUGAGCGUGGAUUGUGGAGGCGUCUCCGGCCUCCCUGGCGGUCCUUGGCCUGCGGCGGGAAGGACGGGGGGUGGAGUUUUGGAGGUUCAGGUGGCAUUCUGAUCCGGCAUUCGUGGUUUUCUUGAGGUGUUUCUUGGGGAGGCGGCGCCGGUUGGUGUCCAGGCAAGUCGUCACCAGUGCAGCUCGCGCCUUUCCGCGACGGCUUUGUUUUUUCGCCGGCGCUGUGCUGCUGGUGUCUGGUGGGGAUGCGCCUCGCCUUUUUGCCGCCUCCGUGUGGCGUGGCUCUUAAGCGUCGGCGCAAUUGCGUUGGUUUCUGGUAGAUAAAAAAUCGCAUCUUUUCUGUUGGGUGGAGGGAGCUCAGGCGAAGGUUCCUGACAAUGCCGAGCAUCCGAGCUCCGGCUUCCAAGCAGACGGCCACCCUACAGGUGGCUGUCAAGUGCAGGCCACUAACAGACAGCGAGCAGCGGCGUUCGCGGCAUAUCAUACAAGUCAUUGAUGAUAAGACUGUGGUUGUGUUGGAUCCUGAUUUGUCCAAGGAUUACCUGGAGCUCAUCCAAAACCGGACCAAGGAGAGGAGAUACAGCUUCGAUCAUGUCUAUGCGCCCGGUUGCUCCAAUGCGGACGUAUAUAAGAAUAUAUCUUCUACAAUUGGUGGUGUAGUUCAAGGCCUUAAUGCAACAGUCUUUGCUUAUGGUUCUACUGGAAGUGGGAAAACUUAUACUAUGGUUGGAACAUAUAGUGAUCCUGGUCUUAUGGUUCUUAGCUUUCGCACAAUCUUUGAUCUUGUAAAGAAGGAUGACAGUAAAGAUACUUUUGAGGUCUCAUGUUCAUAUCUUGAAGUGUACAAUGAGGUUAUAUACGAUUUGCUUGAAAAAUCCUCAGGUCACCUGGAGCUUCGUGAAGAUCCUGAGCAUGGUAUAAUGGUUGCUGGUUUAAGAAGCAUUAAGGUUCACUCAGCAGAUAAGAUUCUUGAACUCUUGAACAUAGGCAACAGUCGCCGCAAGACUGAGAGCACAGAAGCAAACUCAACCUCUUCACGUUCACAUGCUGUCCUGGAGAUAACUGUAAAGCGAAAGCAAAAAGGACAAUAUGGUAGUCAGGUUCUUCGUGGAAAGCUUGCCUUGGUUGACCUUGCAGGCAGUGAGAGGGCCUCUGAAACAAAUAACUGUGGGCAAAAGCUUAGAGAUGGAGCCAACAUUAACCGUUCACUUCUAGCACUAGCGAACUGCAUCAAUGCCCUUGGCAAGCAAAACAAGAAAGGGCUUGCAUAUGUUCCAUAUCGAAACAGCAAACUAACACGAAUCCUGAAGGAUGGGCUCUCUGGUAAUUCUCGAACUGUCAUGGUUGCUACCAUAUCACCAGCUGAUGAUCAGUAUCAUCACACCACCAAUACACUCAAGUAUGCUGAUCGUGCAAAGGAGAUAAAAACACAUGUCCAUAAAAAUAUUGGACAUCUCGACACCCAUGUUGAAGACUACAAAAGGAUGAUUGACAAUCUCCAGGUUGAGGUUUCUCAGUUGAAGAAGGAAUUAGCUGAGAAGGAGCAUCAGUUAAGUGUAAAACCUACCGAAAAAGCUGCAGACAGUGAGCUAUCUUGGCUAAAUAUCUUGAGCCAGGAAACUGGCGAGAAUGUUCAAGAACGCAUUAAUCUACAGAAAGCACUGUUUGAACUUGAAGAAACCAAUAAGCGUAAUCGGAUGGAGCUCCAGCAUCUUGAUGAUGCAAUUGCAAGACAUCAGGUGAAAGAUAAGGAUUCGACUGUUCUGCAAGCAUUAACAUCACGAAGACAGGUUAUUCUUGACAACAUCCGGGAUAAUGAUGAAGCUGGUUCUGGUUACAGAAAGGAUAUUGAACUGAAUGAGAGUCGCAGACGGCAGCUCCAAGAUAUGAUUGAGGAAGCUACCAGCAACAAUGGCAACAGAACCUACCUCCACAUUCUCAGUCAGUACAGGCUUCUUGGGAUGACUAAUGCAGAGCUUCAAAUUGAGAUGGCUAUGAGGGAUCAAGUAAUACAUAAUCAGAGGGAAUCUCUAAGGAGUAUGUGGAAUAUCCUUUAUGGAACAGGGCUAAACCAGAAACAGAUUCUUAAACUAGCCGCAAAGCAAGGCUUAACUAUAGAAGGCUGUCCAUUGCCGGUCUCAAGUCCCGAUGUUACUACUCCACCUUCCUUUUCACCCCACGGAAGGCUAUCACCAUUCAUGUCAUUUCCUAGCCCGCAAUCUCAGACUUAUUCUCCAUCUGCUUGCUUUGUCCAACAUGGUUUCAGCACCAUGUCUUUUCUCAGAAAUCAACAUGAGACACCUACAAUAUGUAGGCAGGAACACCUCAGUUCUUACUACAUGAUGUCUGAGUGCUCGCCUUUUGAUGGUGAUGGAAAACAAAAGGCAAGUGGAAGGUCAAUGCCAUACAUUUCUACCCCAGGAAAACCAAAACAAAUGUAUAACUUUUCCCCUGGGACUGAAAGUGAGCGAUCUCCUUGCAGUAAGGAAUCCCCCACCUUAUAUUCUGGCAAUGGAGAUUUCCAUCAGCAAAGGAAGGUAAACAGUAUUCCCCCAUACAAAAAAAUAGUGAUUAUAGAUCUGUAAUGCAUGUGAUCCCUAGCAUACAGUUUUUCAUGCAAGCGGAAACCUAAAAUGAAAAAGAAACUGUACCAUAUCAAAUAAGCAUAGCAGUCCAAAUUGUUUAACCGUGCACUUGUUCAAGCAAUUUAUUCAAGCAGCAUAGGCCAUCUGUAUGCCAUCUUCAAUUUUUUUAGCCUUUGCAUUCUCGGUAUAGAAAGGUCAUAAGAUUACAUCUUUUAGCAGUGUUGCUUUAAGAUAAAAAGGAAAAAAGAACAUAUUAAACAUGGGAA